CCCCAGCAGCUGAGCGACUCCUGUGAAGGAUGGCGGAGCUCUGGUUCUGAUUUAAUCAGUCUUUGCUGAAAACAUCUGAACAAAGGAGACCCUCGGGAUCCCAGAAGGCAACGCAUUCUCCAGAUAAAACCAAGCAGAGGGCAUCGGCCUCGCUCUCCAGCCGCCAGCAUGAUGAAAGGCUGCCUACAGUUCCUUAUCGAGCCGGCCAAGAAGCUCAAGAUCCGACUCAAGGAAUCUCGCAAGAGAGUGAAGCAGGACAAGAAGGAGCCGCUGGUGGAAAGUCAGUUAUUUAUUAUGGAGCUGGGUCGGGAGCUGAACAGGAUCUGCCAGAGAUCAAACAUCCUCAGCCACAUCUGGACGGGUGAGGACAUCUGGUCUGCCAGCAUUUGCAGAGACUUCAUCGUGGACUGGGCUGCUGUGCUGGAAAAGAGGGUGCAGCACAAGAUCAUGCCAUCUGAGUACCAGUACGAAAAACCAGCAAAGAGGGACUGGAAGGGGCACCUUCUCUGCAUGUUGGAGUCAGAGGGCGAAUACGACAUGGGGCCGUACAAACGGGUCAUCAUGGACUGGACCCGGGAGAUUAAAAGCAGGGCUCAGGCUCCUGUCUGGCCAGGUGAGCCGGUGCUCAUGAUGUUGGAUGAUCUGGAAUUCCAGUGGAAGAGAGGCCGCCUGCCCAACCUGCUCCCAGCCAUGGAGCUCAUCAUGCUGGCUGUGCUGAAUGCUGACAGCCCAAUAAAGGAGGAUGUGACUAAACAGUGGCUGGUGAAAAAGCAGAGGAGCCAGAGGAUUGAUGCAGUCCGCUACAUCCCACACGGUGUUUGGAACUGGAUUUGCGAGGCAUCAGAGGAUAUCACCCUGGACUCAGAGUCUGCUAACCCCAACUUGCUCAUCUCUGAUGAUGAGAAACGCAUGCGUUGCGGUCUGGAGCGCCGCGUUGUCCCACCCUGUCAGGGGCGCUUCGACGGAUGGUGGUGUGCUGUGGGAAAGGAGGCCUACGCCUCCGGACGCCACUACUGGGAAGUGGAGGUAGGCGAGAGAGACUGGCGUCUGGGUGUUGCCAAAGCAUCCGCUGUGAGGCAGGGCUUCCGUUCCCUGAACACAGACACGGGGUACCUUACCAUCCGGCUGGAGAGAGGCACGGAUCUGAAAGCUCUGACCGUGCCCGCUUCCCUUCUACCCCAAAAUCUGAUGCCCAGAAAAAUCGGGGUGUAUCUGGACUAUGAGCUGGGCCAGCUGUCCUUCUACGAUGUGGAGAAGCGGUCACACAUCUACACUUACAAUGAAAACUUCACAGAGGAACUGUACCCUCUGUUUGGGACCGUGGAGGUGGUCAAAGAUCUGGUGAUCCGACCUGCAGGCGUCCGACAGCCAUGCCUCUGUCCCGGGCCGUGCCUGUGGACCUGAAUGCCAUGCAGUAACCAACCCGGACUCUCUGCAGCCCUCUGCUUUGUGCUGAGGUGCCUCAUGAGAUCAGGAUCAAGAACUGCCAUUCAUCCAUAUUGUUUUCGUAUUUUUUUGCCUUCAUGGACACAUAGUAAAACGGACUCUUUGUAACUUACAGAUUAAUGUUUGUCAGGUAAAAAGUGUCAGGUAAAACAGAGUGUCAGGUAAAAAAAAAAAUAGACAUUUUUGGUGGCUCUUUUCAAAACACAUAAUAGAUUAGAUUUUCAUACAGCACAUUUUUCAUAACUUCAACUCUAAAGUCAAAGAGUCUCUCGGUGCAGCCAGCCCUCCACAGAUAUAAUCAGACUGGACUGACGCAUGUGAGCUCUUAAUCUCUGCGUGAUGCUUCUUCUAAAGCCUGCUGCAAACAUUUCCAGGCAUGAGCUUGUUAAUGCACCCCUGCUGUUGUUUAUUUUUUGUGCAAAAUGUAAGGAUGGUAAAUCUGAGUGAACUAUAAAUGUCCAAUUCUGUCUGUAAAAUGAGAGUGAGUCAAUAAUCAGUAGUCAUUGUUUUAUCAUAAAUCUUUAUUAAGUGCAAAAUAAAUGAUGUACAAAAAUGCUAAAAAAAAUUGGACCUGCUUAGAUGUAAAUUACGUGAAAUGUAAAAAUGUUUAAUGGAUGUCUUUUUGAUGCACUGCUCAUUAUUAUUCUGUAAAUUUAUUAAGAAAAGGAUCUAAAAUGUCUUU